AUGUCAACGCCAGUUGUCAACCUUUCAGGGAAGGUCGCUCUUAUCACAGGAGCCACGUCUGGUAUUGGCUAUUCGACAGCACAUCUUUUUCACCAACUUGGGGCAAAACUUGUUAUAACUGGAAGAAAUACUGAACGAUUGAAGGCGCUCGAAGAACAGCUGCAAGAUGGAAAGGGUCAAGUUUUCGCCAUCGCUGCAGAUCUUACGAAAGAAGAAGAAAUCCGGGGUCUCGCUAAGACGGCUGUCGACAGAUUUCAUACCCUGGAUAUUUUGGUCAACAAUGCCGGUAUCAUCGACAAGGGUACGAUUGAAGACACGACGUUGGAGCAAUAUGAUCGAGUAAUGUCAACCAAUUUGCGCUCAAUGUUUUACUUGACGCAGCAAUUCAUUCCGCAACUGAUUGAAUCUAAAGGCUGUAUUGUGAAUGUAUCCAGUGUUAACGGGAUGAGAUCGUUUCCGGGUGUGUUGGCAUACAACAUAUCGAAAGCUGGCGUCGAUCAGUUUACAAGGUGCAUUGCGCUUGAACUAGCACCGAAAGGCGUACGUGUCAAUUCAGUGAAUCCUGGUGUCACGAAAACGAAUCUUCACAGACGUAGUGGUAUGGAUGAAACAGCUUAUGAAGCUUUUAUCAAGCAUUCCAGAAGUACCCAUGCGCUUGGUCGCGUGGGUAACCCAAAUGAAAUAGCAAAUGCGAUUGCAUUUCUGGCGAGCAGUGCAUCGUCAUUUAUCACUGGAGCGUCAAUUCCGGUUGAUGGUGGUCGUCACGCUAUGUGCCCACGUUAG